UUGUUUCAUGCUUUGUUUUUGUUUGACCUGGUUGAUUUGGGCGUGCGUAUUAUGUUUUGUGACAGCAGGAAAACUGACAUUUACUUAACCAAUGUGAAUUUAAUUUUAAUUUUAAUUUUUGCGAAGUUGAGUUUGUGCUGAUAUUGCGGGUGGAGGAAGUGAGAAUUUUUAUUUGACGACGUCCUUUCCGGUUUUUUUUUGUUGUGAUUUUUAAGGGGUCUAGGGUUUCCUUUCCACUUUACUUUUCUUUAUCGACGAGCGUUUUGAGUUGGGAGCUGCGGAUCGUGUUCUUCUCACUUUGGUCGUUGAUUUUUCUGAUUUUCUCAUCUGGGUAGUUGCCUUUUCGUGGUUCUCUCCUGGGUCGCCUUUUUCUCCUGCUCUUCUCGUCUGAUGCGAUUGUUCUUCGAGCUUCUUCAUCACUCAUAAGGUGCUGCACACGGUUCUGUCCAAGUGGGCUUUUGAUAGGAUUGUUAGGGAAUCCUUAAAGUUUUCCCAUUGAGAGCGUGGUGGUGGUAAAUGUGUUUGGAAGGAUUAUGAAGUGCUUUGUCCCAGAUUUGGCGUUUUAGCUCGUGAGAUUUUGGUUAUUCUCACCAGGACUUAUUGGUGCCGUGAUUUUGUUCUAUGGUGCUAGUAAUUGGGAGGUGGUGGCCUUGAUUUUGGGUUUUUGCAAUGGUACCGUUACGCUUCUGGUUUUAAGGUUUCAAAGCGCGGCAACAAGUCUAACUAAUUAUAUUCGGAAGAAUAUUGCUUCCUCUAUUUGGAUUCGCUCAGGGCUGCCAUGUAUAAUGAUGUUUCAUGCUCAGGGUUCUUCAAAACAUACGUGUAGUCUCCUUGUAGUUCUCUGUGGAAAGAUCCCCGAUUAUAAGCAAAAGGAGGAGAAUUCAGAGGAUCACCCAAAAUAUCCCUUUCCAGAGCUUGUCUCUUCUGGGCGUCUAGAGGUUCAAACAUUGACAAAUCCGACAACUGAUGAGUUCCGUCGUGUUUUUGAUUCAUUAGAGCCAAGUUUUGUCUACUUGAAAGGAGAGCAACUUUCAAAUGAGGAAGAAAUAGGCUCUCUGGUAUGGGGUGGCGUUGACUUGUCAAGCCCCGAAGCAAUAUCUACAGUGUUUGGUCCAACAUUACCCUCUACUGUUUAUUUGGAGGUCCCGAAUGGAGAAAAAUUGGCAGAGGCACUUUACUCUAAGGGUGUUCCAUAUGUGAUAUAUUGGAAGAAUGCUUUUUCUUGUUAUGCAGCCUGCCAUUUUCGCCAUGCUUUGAUUUCAGUGGUACAGAGUUCCUGUAGUCAUACAUGGGAUGCAUUCCAGCUUGCAAAUGCAUCCUUCAGGCUCUAUUGUGUACGAAACAGCCACGUUUUGCCAGCCAACAGCCAUAAGGUUAGUGGUAAGCUGGGACCUCGCCUACUUGGGGACCCUCCUAAAAUCAACAUUCUUCUUCCAGAAAAGGAUGCAGCGGAAGAGGAGGAAGGUUCGACUGGCUCUCUCCCUGCUAUAAAAAUAUAUGAUGACGAUGUAAGCAUGAGGUUUCUUGUUUGUGGAUUGCCAUGCACAUUGGAUGCUUUCUUACUAGGAUCUUUGGAAGAUGGCCUCAAUGCUCUGUUGAGCAUUGAAAUACGGGGGAGUAAACUUCAUAAUCGGGUUAGUGCCCCACCACCCCCUCUUCAGGCUGGGACAUUUUCUCGUGGUGUUGUCACCAUGCGAUGUGAUUUUUCCACCUGUAGCUCUUCUCACAUAUCACUUUUAGUCUCUGGUAGCGCACAGACUUGUUUUGAUGACCAGCUUUUGGAGAAUCAUAUAAAGAAUGAGCUUAUUGAAAAAAGUCAACUAGUCCAUGCAUUGCCUAGCUGUGAGGAAAACAAACCACCUCUCUCUGAGCCUCGGAACUCUGCUUCAAUAGCUUGUGGGGCCACUGUAUUUGAAGUUUGCAUGAAGGUCCCAACAUGGGCUUCACAGGUCUUAAAGCAACUGGCACCAGAUGUUUCUUACCGUAGCUUGGUGACACUUGGCAUAGCUAGCAUCCAUGGAUCAUCUGUUGCUUCUUUUGAGAAAGAUGAUGCUGAGCGCCUCCUAUUCUUCUGUACAAGGCAAGGGAAAGAUCUCCAUCCGACCAAAUCAAGACCUUCUAAUCCUCCAAGAUGGUUGAGAUCACCUGAGCCUGGCCGGAAGAGAUCUGAACCAUUCCAAGGAACAACAGAUGUCAUCCAUAGUAGACUGGUUGCUGAAAAUGGAGCUACUUUCACAAAAAUAGAAAAUGAAAAUGAAGAAUCCAGAUCAAUAGAUGAGGUCAGCAUGCCUUUAGUACCUGUUCGACAGAAAUUGAAAAUUGCUGCUAUGAGGCCCAUUCCUCACACUCGUCAGUAUAAGAUGCUUCCCUUUUUGGGAAUUCCUGAGGCAGAUGGGAAUGAUGGAGGACAGACAAAACCUAACUUAGCAAUUGUUCCCUCUGCAAAGCAUAAUUUUGCAGGGCCCACACCUGCCACACAUCGGAAAUCAUUUUCAAGCUCAUAUCAAGCUCAGCAGAUUAUUUCAUUGAAUCCCUUACCCCUGAAGAAACAUGGCUGUGGAAGAUGUCCAAUUCAGGUUUGCUCUGAGGAGGAAUUUUUGAGGGAUGUCAUGCAGUUUCUAAUCCUUCGUGGUCAUACUCGUCUUGUCCCUCAAGGUGGGUUAGCAGAAUUCCCAGAGGCUAUACUCAAUGCAAAGCGUCUUGAUCUCUAUAACUUAUAUCGAGAGGUGGUUUCAAGAGGAGGCUUUCAUGUUGGGAAUGGCAUCAACUGGAAAGGCCAGGUUUUCUCGAAAAUGCGCAAUCACACAUUGACUAAUAGAAUGACAGGUGUUGGGAAUACUCUAAAAAGGCAUUAUGAGACAUAUUUGUUAGAAUAUGAGCUGGCUCAUGAUGAUGUAGAUGGAGAAUGCUGCUUGUUAUGUCACAGUAGUGCAGCAGGUGAUUGGGUGAAUUGUGGCAUAUGCGGCGAGUGGGCCCACUUUGGCUGUGAUAGACGGCAGGGCCUUGGGGCUUUUAAGGACUAUGCCAAAACGGAUGGCCUGGAGUACAUUUGUCCUCACUGCAGCAUUACAAAUUUCAGGAGCAAACCACUGAAAACUACGAAUGGAUUUGCCUAGGGUCAAUAGUUUCAAGGCCUGUGUAAUCUUUUAUCUUUCAUUCUCUCUAUAUAUAUUUUUUUGUUUUCUGAGGCACAAGAGAACCCCAACCUGUUCUGGGGUCAGUUGUAUUAUUGUUCUUCUCCCAUUGUUGGAUUGUCACAGGUUUUUAGGGAAGAAAACGGAGAAAAGCUCCCCACUUCCCCAACACCCCCAUGGGGAAAAAAAAGGAAAGGCAUGUGUUAAAGAGUGCAAAUAUAUGAAGAAAAGCCAUUGUAGAGUAUGUAGCCCCCCUCGAAAAUCUGUAGGAUGGAUGUAAUAGUCUGUGGUUUUUAUUUUUUUAUUUUUGCUUUUAAUUCCAUUCUUGUUGAAUGGUCGGGUUGAUCUUUUUCUAAUACAUGAUUUAUAC